GUUCAGCGCCUCGCUCACACGCUGUGCCCAAUGGCAGUGCUGACGGCAGCCUAGAGGGUUUCUCCUCUUUGUCCGGUUUCUCCUAUAUGUCUCGAGUCCAAGUGCGGCACUUCUUCUGCUUGCACUCUCCUCUGUUCCUACUCUCUUCUAUAUGUACUUGUACUCUACAUCUACUGAGCAUAUCAAUCCUACAUACUUCAUAUGAAUACUCCGACAUGACUUCAUCCACCCCCCGCAAGCAAAAGAAAUCCCAGCAGUCCAACACCAAGGUGCUGCUGGCCGACACCAUCGGACAAUCGCUGUACGAGCGUCUCCUACAAGCCCGACUCGACUGUCCCGUCACCCACUGGGCACCUGUGCACCAUCCUCUCGCUCCUCAGCCCUCAUCUAUCAUCAACUGUAACCUCAGCAUCAACAGCAGCAGCACCAUCACCUCGUCCCCAUCAACCUCCACCUCCGACUUCAAAAGCAUCCCCUCCAGCCGCACAAGCCAUGACUCUUUCCACAAACCCUCAUCGUCACCCAUCCACCCACCCCUUCCCUCCAACCGCAUCAUAACCCUCGCCGGACCCAUCACCACCUCCCUCCCCAUCCUCACCACCAUCACCCACCUAGCCGCCAAACACAGCCAAGUCUCACACAUGUCCCUCCUCGACCCGAGCUACACCAUCUUCCUCAACACCACGCACACCGCGGCGCUCUGCUUCAAAGUCGUGCACCAAACGGCCAUCAUAGCCGGCGACCCCAUCAGCUCCGAAGAGAACAUCCCAUCUCUCCUCUCCGAAUUCAAAACCUACCGCAAAGCCCACCUCCUCGGCAUGGCCUUCCUAGGCGCCAGCCCGCGUCUUACACACUACGCCGAAACCCAGACUUUAACCGGCAGCAAAUCCACCAACAACUGGACAAUGCUCCACUUCGGGACCUCACGCGUCCUCAACCCCACCACCAACGCCCUCCUCAACGAAUCAACCGGAAAGCGUCUCCUCUUGCAGAACAAACAACUCCUAAACCCAAAUAAAGGCGGCAUAACCCUAGACAUAUACAUCCCUGGCAGCAAUACCACAUUGGAAAAUGAAUUACAGGAUAUCUACACAACCUGGCGCACCACCCGCAACACUUCCACCACCCCCCAAGCCUUCAUCACCGAAUACACCUCCCCGUUCUCCUCGACCCUCCUCCCCUCCCUCAUGACAUACAUCUACGCCAAGGAUAAAGACGGCGUGCCGCUCGCCUUCGCAGCCCUACGCUACUGCGGCGCUAACAAUGGAUACCAUAUUGAUCCGUGCGUUGCGCUGCCGACAGCUCCCAAGGGACUGACAGACCUGUUGAUGUUUGCUGCGAUGGCGCUGUGUCGGCAUGCCGGGGUGUCGUAUCUGAGUGUUGGGUUUGAGCCGUUGGAGGAGCUGGGUGAGGUCAGGGGGUUGAGGGGCCCGUUGGAGCAUCUUGCUAGAGGGGCGUAUCGGUUUGCGUUCAGACGGCUGCCGUCCAUUCAGGGAAAGAAGGCGUAUCAUGAUAAGUGGAGGACCGAGGAGGGGUUAGAGGAAAGAUUGUUUUUGGUCUUGACCGGGGCCGGGGGCGGGUUGGGGGUCGUGGCUGUUACGCAUGUUGCGAAUGUGAAGAUUAGGAGGGUGGUUUGGGGGUGAUCAGCUUUGCCCAUUUGGGAGGGGAGAAAAAGGGAAGGGGUGUAACUGAAGUAAGUAUGUUUCAGGGUUAUUCUGGUUUCUUCGGUGUAUAUUCUGGAUGAUGGGUGGAUGGUGGGUGUAUGAUAUGGUUUGGUUCGCAUAUUACGGAAGUUUAUCGCAUAUAAGUGUUAAUUGAGCAUAUAUAUUCAUUUCUGGAUUCUGUACAGCGAAGAAUCACUACCAGACGCCCUGCUACUUACUAUCUAAUAUGGGACAUGCCAGGGGUCCCAGUUGCGACGGGGCCAGAAAUUAGUGCGUUCGGUUCAGAGAAAUCCUGACAUCGGAUGAGCUUUAUCACAUGCAAAUAUACUCAGUAUCAGACCGAGUUUUUCUGACUCCGUACGAGCUUUUCUGAAACAAAUCAGUUAUUAUAUCUAUAUUUUCAGGAUAUUCUAGGGUCGUUUGAGGGAUUAUUAGGAUAUUUAGGGUAUCAGGGAUUUUUGUAAAUUUUUAUUUCAAAGAGUUUAAAUCACGUGUAUGAGGAUUUCUCUGACUCUGACUGAA